AUGGAAAAAAUAUCCUCAGCUGAGGAUUAAAAAAUAAGUUUAAAAAAAAAACCCUAUGAUUUUGUAAAGAAGCAGUGGGUGGGGAUCUCUGCGGGAUUCCUGUUUCCCAAGACAGAAAAUCAGGAUCACUGGUGUGAUCAGCGAUAGACGGAGGCACUCAAGUGAAAAUGCCAUGGACUGGGUCAGUGUCUGAUCAGAGCACCACCCAAAGGCAGGAACUCCAUGGGUGCUCUGGACAUUAUCUCCAGUAUACACUAUCUCCCACCCUCUGCUACCAUGCCCUCCCAACCUCCACAUCGGGGAGGCAGGGCCCCAUGGUAACAUGGGUGAUAUUUCAGCCACCUGUGAGCUUCAAGGAUGUGGUUGUGAGCUUCACGCGUGAGGAGUGGGGACGGCUGGACCCAGUCCAGAGGACACUGUACCGAGAUGUGACUCUGGAGACGUGCAGCCACCUCGUCUCCCUGGGGCUCCUGCUCCCCAAUGUGGAUGUGAUCUCCUGCCUGGAGCAAGGUGACAGCCCAUGGAGGGCGGAGCAGGAACCUCCUCCCCAAGACUGGAACACUACACUUGAAAAGAAAGAAUCGGCUUCUGAGGAUGAUAUUGCUAUGAAAGAACCAUUCUUCCAUAUGGAAAUGAAACACUGUGUAGAGGAGAGCCCCUGGUCUGUGUUGGUAGGAGAAGUGCAGGAUUGGAGGAACCAGCCAGUGGAGCACCAGGAGGAAUCUUUGAGUCAAAUUGUAUUUAUCUCAAAGGAAAGAGUGUUUAUUCAAGAGGAAAGUUGUGAGCCUGACCUUGGGGGAAGUUAUUUGAGUGUAAGCCUUCUAACUCCAACAUUACCAGCAGGAACACAUUUGCACAAGCUCAACUCACAAGUUAAAAAUUUGAAACAUAAUUCAGUUUUCUUUAAUCAUCAGAAAGGCUGGGGCAAUCUGAAACCCUGUGAAAAUCUUGAAAGUGCAAGGGCCUUCUCUCAGAGCAUUUACUUGAAUAAACUUGCAAAUAAUGAAACAGGAAAUCAAAAGCCUUGUGACUAUACUGUCAAGAGUGACUCUUUCAACUAUGGUACCGCUGUUCGUUUCCAUAAUAGAAUUUUUUCGGCAGAGAACGGCAAUGAUUGUAAGGACUAUGGAAAUGCUGUUAACCACAGCAUGUCUUUGAAUGAAAACAAGCCAAUGCAUUUUGGAGAAAGUCAGUAUGACUGUGACGAAUGCUUUGUACAACCUGAAAUCAUUGUUGGUGAUCCUGGAUGUCAGGAGGACUGUGAUGCCUUCUGCAUGACCUCAUCUGUUACUGACUGUGACAUCAUCCAGACCAGAAAGAAGCCACGUGCAUGUAAUCUAUGUGGGAAAUGUGUCAGCUGUUCUAUGCUUGUACACGAGAGAACACACAAUGGAGAGAAGCCAUAUAAAUGCAAUCAUUGUGGAAAAACUUUCAAAUGGAGAUAUCUCCUCAUUGUGCAUCAAAGAACACACACUGGAGAGAAGCCUUAUCAGUGUAACAUGUGUGUUAAAGCCUUUAGUGGUCGGUCAGCUCUUAGAAAACAUGAGAGAACACACACGGGUGAGAAACACUAUGAAUGUAAUGACUGUGGAAAGUUCUUUAACAGGCAGAGUCACCUUACUAGGCAUCAGAGAAUUCAUACUGGAGGGAAACCUUAUUUGUGUAUUCAUUGUGGAAAUGCCUUCAGCCGUAGCUCUGACUUUGUUGCACAUAAAAGGAUUCACAGUGGAGAGAAACCCUACGAAUGUAACCACUGUGGGAAAUCUUUUUGGGAGCGAGCACAGCUUCUUGUGCAUCUGCGAACUCAUACUGGAGAGAAGAAAUUUUAUGAAUGCAGUCAUUGUGGAAAAAGUUUCAAAUGGAGAUCUCACCUCAUUCUGCAUCAGAGAACACACACUGGAGAGAAGCCGUAUGAGUGUAUUGACUGCGGGAAAGCCUUCAGUGAUGGGUCAUCUCUUAGAAAGCACGAGAGAACACACACUGGUGAGAAACCCUACCACUGCAACCACUGUGGGAAAUCUUUUCGGCAGCAAUCACAGCUUGUUGUACAUCAGCGAACCCAUACAGGAGAGAAACCUUAUGAAUGCAAUCAUUGUGGAAAAGCUUUCAGCCAGAGAUCCAUCCUCACUGUUCAUCAGAGAACACACACUGGAGAGAAGCCCUAUAAGUGUAAAAUUUGUGUUAAAGCCUUCAGCCAGAGAUAUCUCCUUAUUGUGCAUCAGAGGACACACACUGGAGAGAAGCCCUAUCAGUGUACCAUGUGUGUUAAAGCCUUCAGUGGUCGAUUAGCUCUUAGAAAACACGAGAAAACACACAUGGUCCAGAAACCCUAUGAAUGAAUGUAAGCAUUGUGAAAAAGGCCUUUAGCAGGCAGAGUCACCUUACUAGGCAUCACAGAAUUUACACUGGAGAGAAACCAUAUUUGUGUGCUCAUGAUAAAAGUCCUCCUGCCAUGACAUUUUUGUUGCACAUGAAAGGAUUCACUCUAGAGAGAAACCUUACGAAUGUACCCACUGUGGGAAAUCUUUUUAGCGGUGAUCACAGCUUGUGCAUCUGCAAAUUCACACUGAGUGAAGAAACCUUAUGAAUACAGUCAGCGUGCAAAAGGUUUCAAAUGGAGAUCUUGUUAUGCAUCAGAGAACACUGUAAUAAAACCCUGUAAGUGUAA